CUUCGAAGUCAUUCCAAGACUUGCUCUUGCUCAGUACGCAUCGUGCGCUCUCUGCAAGCCUAACACGAAACACACACAUUGUGCCUUACCAGCAAAGUCGCUUCUCGAAGUGCAUCGAUUAAAAUAAUAAUCUCAGUUCGACCAAAUAACAAUAACUCAGUGAAAAUGGAAGCCCAGCCCGUUUCGCGCACCUACCAAUACCGCAAAGUGAUGAAGCCGCUUUUGGAGCGCAAACGUCGCGCCAGGAUUAACCGUUGCCUGGACGAGCUUAAGGACCUGAUGGUCUCCGCGCUCUCCAACGAAGGCGAGAACGUCUCCAAGUUGGAGAAGGCCGACAUCCUCGAGUUGACCGUCCGCCACUUGCACAAACUUCGCCGUCAGCAACGCCUGUCUGCUAACCCUGUGAUUGACGCUGAUCGCUUCCGUGCCGGGUACACACACUGCGCUAACGAGGUGUCCCGCUGCCUUGCUUCCGUUCCGGGAGUUGAUGUCAACUUGGGUACCAAAUUGAUGACGCAUCUUGGCCAUCGUCUCAACGAAAUGGACAAAGUGUCACCACUGAUGAUUCAAGUUGGACAAACUCAAUACACCCCGCCGGGUACACCAACCCCCGAGGUAUAUGCCAUGCCGCUCACACCCGCCUCAUCAACCAGCUCGCGGCAGGCACCUUCUCCUGCGCAACCGAUGGACUGCUCCACCGCCGGCUUACUCAAAGUCGCGCCAAAAAGCGAGCCUGUCUGGCGGCCGUGGUAAAUUCACAAUCGCCACAACACAAAAUACAACAAGAAGACUGCAACAUCGAUCGUUUGGAGUCUCGAAUUUGCUCAAUCGCUUUACUAGAGUUAAAUUGGAGUUUGACAAAUCAACGUUCAAUUCAAAGAGGUUUUGAUCUCAGAAGCUAAUUUUGUACUUUUCGACGAGUUUUAAUCUUGUAAGCUUUAAUUAGGAAGUAGCUAGGAUAGAUAUGUGAUAAAAACAGGCUCGAUGAAAUUUGUUCAACGCACAAGUCAGAUUUGAGUUGGUGUACCUGUGAUGUACGUAGUAGUAAACGAAAAUUCAAAGGAAUUGUAAAUUUUCUAACAUUUGUAAACUGAUAAUGAAUUGUAUUGCAAGCGUAACUGUGAUACAGAAAUACUAUUUUUUAAACAAAUGAAUAUAUGGUUAUCUAAAACAUGAAAAA